CAAUAUGCAGUAGUAGUGUGUGAAGAGUUAAAUGAGAGUUUAAAUGCGCAGUGCACCACAACUAACCCCCAUACUUGCUUACCUGCUUCUAUUUACUUCCCUCUCUCACUUCUCUUUAAAUACAUACUCAUCUUCCCCCAACACCAACACUCUCUUCCUCCCUUCUCUCACCUCACCAAAAUGGAGGCCUUGUUGCUGUGGACUGCUUUAGCUGCAUUGCUAUCCCAAAACUUUCUCCUUCCCGUCGUUUCCACUCCCACUUUCGUCGAAGACCAGAAGAAUUACUACACCCCCGACCCCAACGCACAACCUCCUCCUGCAGUUACAUACCCUCCUCCGUAUAGCUCGGGAGGCGGCUCGCCACCCACGCACAGACCACCUUCCCACGGAGGCGGCGGCUCGACCCCCUCACACGGAGGCACGCCGCCAUCCAACUGCGGCGGCAGCCCCCCGAGCGGAGGCCACCACCACACUUCACCCCCUUCCGGGGGAGGAGGGUACUACAACUCCCCUCCUUCCACCCCCACCCCGACUCCCACCACGCCUUACACCCCAACCCCGACCCCCACCACGCCUUACACCCCAACCCCGACCCCCACAACGCCUUACACCCCAACCCCAACCCCCUCCACGCCGACGCCGACCGUUAGGACGCCGCCAACCUCUCCCAUCGACCCGGGCACCCCGACCACGCCGACCCCCGGCAUCGCCGUGCCGUCGCCUCCGUUCUCCUUCGAUCCCAACUCCCCGCCUUUCACCUGCACUUACUGGAGGAAUCACCCCCAGCUAAUAUGGGGGCUGUUUGGCUGGCUGGGAACAGUGGGCGGCGCCUUCGGAACCGGGACCGGCGCCGGCACCGGUGCCGGUGUCGGCACGGGCACCCCGCCGAUCGCGGGGGCGAACAUGAACUUGCUGGAGGCUCUGUCGAACACGCGCACCGACGGCAUCGGAGCGCUGUACAGGGAAGGCACGGCGGCGCUGCUCAACUCCAUGGCGCACACGAGGUUCCCCUACAGCAGCAACCAGGUGAGGGAUAGCUUCGUGAGAGGGCUGAGCUCCAACAGGGCGGCGGCGGCGCAGGCGCAGCUCUUCAAGAUGGCUAAUGAGGGUAGAAUGAGGCCCAGAGCAUGAUGAUAUCAAAAUAGAAAAUAUUGUUGAUUUAUGUGUGCUGGUUUCACUUGUUUAGGGUUGUGUUUAUUUCAAGACGGAUACCAAUGUCAUCAUGCUUUCUUAUUUUAAAUAUCAAUCUAGUGAUUUGUUUUGUGGAUGUGGUGGUGGUGAUGUAUCCUAAUUAAGCAUGCUAUUUUCAAUUAAUGAUUUUUU